AUGAAGGGUGAGAUUGAAGUUAGAGAGGCUUCAAAUGAGGAACAAAAACAAGGCGACGCCCCUACUGAAGGCAACAAUGUGGGAACAAAAUGUGUAAUGGAUUAUAGUGAUCAAUUCACAACUUAUUCGAUAUUCAAUGGUAGAGGUGCAUUACUUAAAUGGGCUCGUGCACAAGGAAAAAUGAAUAAUAUUGUCAUUGUAAUUAAAAUGUCUGAUUAUGGAGUUGAGGGCAAGAGAAGACCUCAAGUAAUACUUGCUUGUGAGAGGAGCGGUAACUAUAAGUCUUGCAAGUCUAGUGAGACAACUGAUAUAAGGUUGGAUGCAAAUAGUGAUAUCAAAAAAUGUGCUAGGGACAUUGGUACCAAGAAAUGUGGAUGCACAUUCUUGUUAAUAGGUGUCAAUAUUGGUGAUGGGGAUGAUCGGAAGUUGGAGGUGGUUUGUGGAGUACACAACCAUCCUAUUUCAAAAUAUUUUCAAGGUCAUUCAAUUGUGGGGCGACUUUCUAAAGAGGAGAAUGCCUUGUUGGUGGACAUGUCUAAGAGUUUGAUGAAACCCAAAGAUAUUUUGAUCACCCUGAAGGUAAGAGAUGCAACGAAUGUUUCAACUAUGAAGACAAUAUACAAUGCUAGGAUCCGAAAUAGAACCAAAGAAUUUGCUGGGAGAACCCAAAUGCAACAAUUCCUUAAUAAGUUAUCCGAACACAAUUAUAUUCCGUGGCAUAUGACAUCUGGUGAUAUUGUAACUAACUUGUUUUGGACACACCACAUUAAUAUUGAGAUUUUGCAUGCAUUUUCACAUGUACUUAUCAUGGAUUGCACCUAUAAGACCAAUAGGUAUUGUUUCCCACUAUUGCAAAUUGUGGGGGUGACAUCUACUAAUAUGACAUUCUCUGUUGCGUAUGUGUAUAUGAAUGCCGAGAAGGAAGACAAUUACACAUGGGCUUUGACUGCAUUGAGGAGUUUGUUGGAUGAUAAUUGUCUUCCUCGUGUUAUUGUCACCGAUCGAGAGUUAGCACUCAUGAAUUCUAUUACGUCUAUAUUUCCAAAAGCAUGA